GUGAAAUGUGGGUGUGUCUAUGCAAAUAAAUGCAUCUUGUCAGCAUAAAAUGCAGAGAUUUGCCAUUGAGUUCAGUGUGUACUGUUUUGAGACAGGAUGGCAACCAAAAUGGGUCCUGCAAUUGCAGCGAUAAUUUUUCUUGCAUCGUGUGCUGCAACCUUUGAAGAAGAGAUCGCCAAUAUCCAUAUGUUAGCUGACAAGACCAGAUUGACCAGAUCCAAGUCACAGAAAACAUAUGAAUAUCCCAAGGAUUGCAGUGGUGUUCGAGGAAGCAGUGGGGUUUACGUGAUCAAGCCAAGUCUAUCUCCCCCUAUUGUGGUUAAUUGUGACAUGACUACAAAUGGUGGUGGAUGGACUGUGAUACAAAGGAACACCAAAGGCUCUAAAAUUACAUGGAAUGAAUAUUGGACUGCUUAUAAGUACGGAUUUGGUGAUAUUCUACAGGACCACUGGUUGGGAAAUGAACAUAUAUAUAAUAUUAUAAAACAGGGGCAUUACAAAAUAUUAUUCAUAUUGCAGAAAUCACUCAAAACUUAUUAUCAUGCUAAUUAUAAUUCGUUUUCUAUAAGUAAUGAAGCAAAUGGGUACCAAUUGCAUCUUGGUGCAUUUUCAGGGAAUACAACCAAUGCUAUGAUGCAAUAUGGAAACAAAUACAUACAUGAUAAUAUGAAGUUUACAACAAUUGACCGAGAUCAGGAUCUGUAUUCGUCAAACUGUGCAGCGUCAUGCAGGGGGGGCUUUUGGUUCAAUAGCUGUUACAGGGUCAACAUUAAUUCAAAAGCACUUUACUGGUAUGGCAUUGGAAGUUGCAAAUCUUCUGCGAUUUUGAUCAAACCAACAAACUUGUGUAAGAGAACAUGAAACGAUUUAGUUCAGUGCUGGAGAUC